UAUUCCGGGAAUUGUAGUCCAGUCGCUGCUUCCGUUGUUCCCGCGAGGCCUGCUGGGAGACAUAGUUCUACCAUCGCGUCUCGUGCUUGCUGGGAAUAGUAGUUCACCCAGCACUGCACAGUCAGCCCGGCCGCAGAAGACGUUUCUGGCGCGGUCAUGGAGGUGAGAUUUUGCAGUUGGAGCUUCGGCUCCCCGCGGAGCUGAUCUUUUGGGGCUGGGCCUUUCAGGCCUAGGUGGGCAUGAUGUCUGGGAACUCGGCACGAAAUGAAGCACCUGGGCUUUACCAUGAGCGGCAGCGCCUGGAGCUGUGUGCCGUCCAUGCCCUCAACAACGUUCUGCAGGAUCGACUUUUCACCCAAGAGGCAGCUGAUGAGAUCUGCAAGAGACUGGCCCCAGAUGCCAGGUGGAAUCCCCACCGCAGCUUUCUGGGCACAGGCAACUAUGAUGUCAAUGUCAUCAUGGCAGCUCUUCAGAGUGUUGGACUGGAAGCCAUCUGGUGGGACAAGCGCAGGCCCCUAGAGCAGCUGUCCCUGGCAGGGGUUCUUGGAUUAAUCAUUAAUGUCCCAUCCAACGUCUGCUUGGGCUUCCUGUCUCUCCCUAUGAGGCGCCGCCACUGGAUCGCUGUACGUCAGCUUGAUGGCACCUACUACAACCUUGACUCCAAGCUGAAGGCUCCAGCUCCAAUCGGCGGGGAAGCCGACCUCAGGCAAGAACCUAUUCUGUUUGGAAGCAUGACAAAGGCUGGAAGAGGGUAUUCCUGCAAGGAGUGCUGUCUCAGGGCCCCUGUGAAUUGCUGCUGGUGGUGCCUCAUGAAGCCGAAGAAGCUGGGAACUGGCUAAGCCCUGUCAAAUGAUGGACGAGGCCGAGAAGCCCGUCUGGGCCUCAAGCACUCUGCGCCACCCGUCUUGUGCCAUCUGCAUGCGCUGUGGGGAGGAAGGAGUGGUGCACUCCCAUGGACAGUGCCGUUCUUGGAACUGACUUGCUAAAAACUCUGUUCUCCUCCUUCCCCCAGGAAAUAAGGGUUCCCAGCUCUCCCCUUGCUUUUCAAGACCUGACCUGUCCCCAGGCACUACGGAAUAAAGGCUGUGGUACAAAAUGGUGGAGGGUCUGCUCCUGGCAUGGCCAGUUCGACCAUGAGAAGAGCCGUGCUGGGUCUUAGUGAACAACCAGACCUCUUGGAGAGUGGGAAGAGAGUACAAGCAGGGCCUGAUGAUGGCAAAGAUCCAUCCCCUGUUAAUCCCCAGCACGUGGCAGUCAGUGGUGUAAACGUGUCUGGACGUGGUGAGGAGGACAGCCUCCAUUAUGCUAGCAGGUCCUAGCAAAUCCCUGCACUUCCGUGAUUCUCACAAAAAAAGCCAUUUCUGCUCAUGUGUUUCAAGGAAUUUCCCGAGUUUAGCCAGCAUGUCCUCUUAUUUGCCUUUAAACCUGCUACCUUUUCAUUUCAGGGGAUGACAUAAAAAACAUAGGAAGCUGCCAUAUACUGAGUCAGACCAUUGGUCUGUCUAGCUCAGUAUUGUCUUCACAGACUGGCAGCAGCUUCUCCAAGGUUGCAGGCAGGAAUCUCUCCCAGCCAUAUCUUGGAGAAGCCAGGGAGGGAACUUGAAACCUUCUGCUCUUCCCAGAGUGGCUCCAUCCUCUGAGGGGGAUAUCUUAGAGGGCUCACACUUCUAGUCUCCCUUUCAUAUGCAACCAGGGUGGACCCUGCUUAGCUAAGGGGACAAGUCAUGCUUGCUACCGCAAGACCAUCUCUCCUGACCAGCAUCACACUUGAUGCUUGUGUGUCUUGAGAGAGAGGCUGCUCUGAAGGUGGUUGGAGGCUGCAGGAGAUGGUGCAUACUCAAGAGCCAAAGAUGUUUGAGAAGAACCUUUAGGAGGCACUUGGGAGUCCGUGAACUAAGGUCAAUGUGGGUUUAAUCAGUGGGACAACAGCCUAUCUCUGCCUUCUCAAAGCUGGCUUGUUACCCUCUGCCCACAAUGGUGUUUUCAGGAAAAAAAGAUCUUCUGUGACAGUCAAGGUCUCUGGAGCAGCUAGGAGUGAAGUCAGGAAUGGAGAAAAAGCAGAGUGGUCUAUUCUCGUCAUGUAGGGGACUAGGAAGAAGUGACAUAGGUCGAUGCCAUGCAUGUAGGCUGAUGCCAUGGCUCUGUUGAGUGGAGGCCUAAGGCUGAAAGCACUCUGCAGGGCUUCUGUGCCCUUAAGAGCUGGGUGGUCAAAACUCUGAAUGUGAAGCAAAGUAUCUUAUGGGAAAUCUUAACCUGUUCAAUUUUUUCCUGUUGUUCAGCUGUUGAAUAGCAGGGAGUGGGGAAGAGAGAGCAACCUUAGUCCACCAUGUAAGUGAAAAUCUCCACUGCUUUAGUCCCUUCCCCUUUUUAAAAAGAAAGCAAGAUGGCAGCCCUCCUGUCCAAGGAAGAAAUGCUUGGAAGUGUAUGAGAGGUGUUCUUGAAAGAUCAGAAACGAACAGCGGGGCUGAACAGACCUUCCGCAGUGGACAUGCAAUGGGAGUCUAGUGCACAGCCCAACCCUUUUAUCCUCCCAUACUGGUCACUCCAUUGCUAUGCCUUUUUGCCUCCUGUGCUAUCCUUGUCCUUGCUGCCCUCUCCCUGGAGGGGAAAAUAAAAAUCAGUCUUGAA